AUGGAAUUCGAAAAAGUCCAAGUUAUUAUCUGCGGCGGUGGUUCAGCUGGUCUCACGGCAGCCGUCCUUCUAGCCCGUUUCGGAAUCUCUUUCAAGAUCCUCGAAAAACGACCUGGACCACUCGAGAUUGGUCAAGCAGACGGCGUUCAGUGUCGCACUGUUGAGAUCUUUGAGAAUUUGGGCAUCUCUGCGCCGUUAUUAGAAGAAGCAUAUCAUGUGAGAGAAGUGGCUUUCUGGUCACCAAGCGAUGCAGAUGGUACAUUGAAGAGGAAGGAUCUCGCUUACGAUACUGAAGAGGGGUUGAGUCAUCAGCCGCAUGUUAUUCUCAAUCAAGCAAGGAUCAAUGAUUUGAUACUGAAAGAGAUAAUUCGUCUGAGAGGAGAUGGGUCAAGUGGAGUCUUGUACGAUUCACAAGUCGACAGUGUGAAUAUUGUGGUUGAUGACGAGUAUCCUGUUGAGGUUAUCGCUGUCCACAAUGGAGAACAACAUCUGUUCCAAGCCAAAUACGCUAUUGGCUGCGAUGGCGCUCAUAGUAUAGUCCGCAAAUCUCUUGGCUUCAAAAUGGUCGGUGAUUCAAGCGACUCGGUCUGGGGAGUCAUGGACAUCUACCCAAUCACCAAUUUUCCCGACAUUCGCAAAAAGGCCAUGCUCAUCAGUAAAAACGAUGGAAAUCUCAUGAUCAUCCCUCGAGAAGGUGACGAACUUGUCCGGUUUUACAUCGAACUGCCUGGAACGACAGCUCGAGACGUGACAGAGCAGAGUCUGAUUGACAAGGUCAAAAGAAUAUUCGCACCUUACGACAUAGAUGUCGCCCAUACAGCGUGGUGGUCAGCAUACGUAAUUGGUCAACGUCUCGCUGAUCAUUUUACCCAGGACUACCGGAUCUUCCUAACAGGCGACGCAUGCCAUACCCACUCACCCAAGGCUGGUCAGGGUAUGAAUGUCAGUUUACAAGAUGGCUUCAACAUUGGAUGGAAAAUGGCCCAUGUCCUUACCGGUCGAGCACCACCUUCGGUACUGGAGACAUACGUGCUUGAAAGACAUCAGACAGCAGAGAAGCUCAUUGAGUUCGACCGCUCCUUCAGCAAACUGUUUUCUUCGGACUACAGAAAGCAGAAUGGCAUUACGGCUAAAGACUUCCGAGACAAGUUUGUUGAAGCUGGACGUUAUACUGCUGGCAUGGCUACGAAGUACGAGCCGUCAAUACUCACAUGCAUAGACAAGAGUGACCAGAGCAUUGCGUCAGGCUUGACGGUAGGCAUGAGGUUCCCAAGUGCACCGGUAGUGAGACUUUCCGAUGCGAAGCCUUUACAACUAAACAGUGUCCUCGCUGCGGAUGGACGAUGGCAUAUCCUGACGUUUUGCUCUGGAGAUGCCACCAAGACUCUGUUACCUCAGGUCGCCUCUGAACUCGAGCAUCUCAUCAAGAAGUUCUCUCCUGCUGGAGAGGCUUCUGAUACGGUCUUCAACAAUACCUUGGUCAUCAGGGCAGAUCGAAAGACGAUAGAGAUUGAUCAGCUACCAGAAGUAUUCUUUCCCAAGUCAGGUCCAUUUUCCCUACGAAACGUUCAUAGGGUCUUUGUGGAUGACACAAGCCCGUACAUGAUGGGUUGUGGGCAAGCCUUUUUUAAGUAUGGCAUCGAACCCGAGCAAGGUGCCAUUGCCGUCGUCAGACCUGACUUGUAUGUUUCUCGUAUUCUCACUCUAACAAAUGCAAAUGAGCUCUCCUCAUUCUUCGAAGGAUGUCUCAACAUGGUAGAAUAG